AUGCUCUGGCUUGUGAGCGACACCUAUGAAGAAAAACAUAAUUACACUUUAAUGUACACGAACGGUGUUUUCAACCCGACCGAUUACAACACUAGAUUAGGUCAAGGCCCAUACGAUUGGAUAUGCGGUGGUGCCACCUGCGACAGCGGUUCAGUGUCUGCAAUCUGGGAAGAGAUGUCCCAGGUUCCUUGGACAGUAAGUGGAAGUUCGGAGUACGCAAUGGACGACGUUGUCGAGUAUUGUAUGGCAAUGAGCAAAUCUCAGCAUUGCAAGCUGCAAUACUCAUUGGUGCCUACAGUGGUGGUAAUCGGCUGCAAUAUCUUCAAAGCUUUUAUUUUAAUCUAUAUGUGGCUGGGAAUAUCCGAAGCUCCCAUGCUCACUAUCGGGGACUCUAUUGCGUCUUUCCUCAAUCGUCCGGACCCCCACACGAGGCGAGGCUGUCUACUGACUCGCAAUCAAGUGAGAUUCAUGGAUCAAGGUCCCUCAGGAUCCCUCACUUGGAAGCUCUUUUCUGGAUCAAAACCUUUCAAUGAUAAGCGAAAGCGCUGGGGAACCGCAGCAUCUGGUCGCCGGUGGGCAUUCAGUCUAUUCUUCUGGCUCCUCUCAAUCAUCGUCUGCAUUGCUCUUCUCAAAACCGCAAUCAAUGCAAUUCAGGGUACGGUAUCCGACCAAACGCCCUGGGCUGCACCACUAGGUGCCGCUGGUGGAAACAACUUGAUACAUGGCGACAGCUGGCCGACCAGUGUUCUGGCCAAUGUGAUAAUCGCCAACUUGCCACAACUGAUUUUCUCUUUCCUAUACUUUGGCUUCAAUAGCCUCUUGACUUCAAUGUGCCUUGGUGCGGAGUGGAGCGGCUAUGCACACAGCUGCAAAUCCCUGCGCGUUUCCAACAAGCCACAAGGCUCUCAGAGAAGUGACUACUUUCUCUCAAUCCCCUAUCGAUAUGCCCUGCCUUUCAUGGUCAUGACCAUCACUAUACACUGGCUUAUCUCCGAGAGCCUUUUUAUGGUGGGAAUCGAGGCAUGGGAUGAGAGGAUGGUUCGUGCUCCCGAAAGCGACCUUACAACCUGUGGCUUCUCGCCCAUCGGCAUUGUGAGCUCGAUAUGUGUCGGAGUAUUCAUGUUUUCCUGCCUCGUUGGGUUGUCCUUUCGAAGGUUCGAAUCCGCUAUGCCGGUCGCGGGGGGUUGUAGUUUGGCAAUUUCUGCUGCCUGUCAUCCCAACUUUGAUCCUAAUCGCCAUCCAGCGGGUGAGCCUGGGGACUUGGACCUGGAGAUCGAAAACGGGGAUGAUAAUAUGGGGCAUCUGCCCGUCCAAUGGGGAGCAGUACCCGUUGAUAGUCCUAUUGGACAUUGUAGCUUCACCAGUGGCCGGGUUGAGUUGCCUGAUAAGGAUAGGGAGUAUGAGUAG